GCUCUCCCGUCUUUCCCCUCCUCAUCCAACCAAGCACAAGCAGAUGGAGCACUGGAGCAGGGAGCAGGGAGCAGGGAGCAGGCAGUACUCUGAUACCCAGCUCCGCUUGGCCCCUGCCCACGGGCACGGGACAUGGCCGCGCUCCCACCCACGCCGCCGAGCCAUGUCCCACCGCCCGCCAGGUCCACGCCGGCAACGGCCAGUGGACCCCGCGCCGAGCCGCCCGGCGUCGUUCUCGACUGCAAGCGGCUGGACAGCCUGAUGAAGUCCGGGAGGCUGACGGACGCCCUCGACCUGUUCGACCGGAUGCCCCGCAAGAACGUCGUGGCCUGGACCUCGGCCAUCUCCGGGUGCACGCGGAACGGCCGCCCCGAGGCGGCCGCGGCGAUGUUCGCGGACAUGCUGGCGUCCGGCGUCGCGACCAACGACUUCGCCUGCAACGCGGCGCUGGCGGCGUGCGCGGCCGCGGGCGCGCUCGGCCUCGGGGAGCAGGUGCACUCGCUCGCCGUGCGGGCGGGAUUCGCGGGGGACGCCUGGAUUGGGACCUGCCUCAUCGAGCUCUACUCGAGGUGCGGCUCUCUGCGGGCGGCCGAGGAGGUGUUUCGCCAGAUGGAGUCGCCGGAUGUCGUGGGGUACACCUCGCUCGUCUCGGCGCUCUGCAGGGACGGUGAGUUCGCACGGGCUGUGGAGGUGCUCUGUCAGAUGAUGAGGCAGGGUUUGCAGCCGAACGAGCACACGAUGACAAGCAUUCUGGCAGCGUGCCCACGAGUUCUCGGUGAGCAGAUACAUGGGUACAUUGUCAAGGCGAUGGGUUUGCAGAGUGUCUAUGCAUCAAGUGCGCUGAUCGAUCUCUAUUCGAGGAAUGGUGACUGUGACAUGGCGAGGUCGGUGUUUCAAAAACUCGACUCCAAGAACGUGGUGUCAUGGUGUUCCAUGAUGCAGCUGUGCAGCAGGGAUGGGCGGUUGGAAGAUGCACUGCGAGUGUUCAGCGAGAUGGUUUCAGAGGGUGUCGAGCCGAAUGAGUUUGCGUUCUCAAUUGCUCUUGGCGCUUGUGGAUCCGCUGAUCUGGGGCGUCAAAUUCACUGCUCAGCCAUCAAGCACAACUUGAUGACAGAUAUUCGAGUAUCAAACGCUUUACUCUCCAUGUAUGGUAGAAGUGGUCUUACAGAAGAACUUGAGGCUGUGCUUGACCAUAUUGAAAAUCCUGACCUUGUUAGCUGGACAGCUGCUAUUUCUGCCAACUUCCAGAAUGGUUUUGGUGAGAAGGCUGUUGCAUUGCUUUCUAAGAUGCAUUCACAAGGUUUCGCACCGAAUGACUACACCUUCUCUAGCGGUCUGAGUUCUUGUGCAGACCUGGCAUUGCUGGAUCAAGGAAGGCAGUUUCAUUGCCUGGCUCUAAAACUGGGGUGUGACUCCAAAAUUUGUACUGGGAAUGCACUGAUCAACAUGUACUCCAAAUGUGGUCAAAUUGCAUCUGCAAGGCUUGCAUUUGAUGUCAUGAAUCUUCAUGAUGUCACGUCUUGGAACUCACUGAUUCAUGGUUUCGCGCAGCAUGGAGAUGUGAACUUGACACUGGAGGCAUUCAGUGAGAUGUGCUCCAGUGGUUGCAAGCCUGACGAUUCAACAUUUCUUGGAGUCUUGGUGGGGUGCAAUCAUGCAGGUCUGGUGAAGGAAGGGGAGAUGUUCUUCAGACUAAUGAUUGAUCAAUAUGGUAUCAUACCAACCCCUUCCCAUUAUGCAUGCAUGAUCGACAUGCUGGGUCGAAAUGGCAGAUUCGAUGAGGCACUAGGCAUGAUCGAGAAGAUGCCAUUCGAGCCUGAUGUGUUGAUUUGGAAGACACUAUUAGCAUCGUGCAAGCUGCACAGGAAUCUGGAUAUGGGAAAGCUCGCCGCAGACAAGCUCAUGGAGCUUUCAGAAAGAGACUCUGCAAGCUACGUGCUGAUGUCGAACAUCUACGCGAUGCACGGGGAAUGGCAGGACGCCGGGAGGGUUCGGCGGAGGAUGGACGAGGUGGGGGUGAAGAAGGAAGCCGGGGAAAGCUGGAUUGAGGUCAAGAACGAGGUCCACACCUUUGUUGCAAGAGACACGUCGCAUCCAGACUCGGCGUCCAUCUAUCAGAUGCUUGCGGAGCUCGUUGAUGUGAUGCAAGAUGCAGGCUUAGAUGUUCGUAUGCAGUGAGAAACCAAAGGGCUGUUCUGGUGAGGUUCGGAUCCUGGGGAUCCACCCAGAUUGUGGUGGUUGUUUCCAAGCUGGUAAAAGCUUGAGUAACAUAGGAUUCUACAACACGAGGUUGGCGGAUCUGAGGUGAUUACUGGAUCAUGAGUUGGAUUACAUAAUCUGUGUGGAUCCAAACAUACCUACCCCCUAUAUUUACAUUCCUACUUUCCAUGAUUAUCUCUGACACUCAUACCAUUAACUGUGCAGAUUCCAUAUAUUAUUUCCA